AUGCCAUCAUCAUUGCUACCGUUUGUGCUGGCAUUGCUUGCCUUUGCGCUUUCCUCGCCUGCCGCGACAUCGACGAUCCAACUGCAACCGUCGGACCACGUCGUCAUUGUUGGCGGCGGCCCCGCGGGUGUCCACUACGCGUCGUUGCUGGCCAAGAAGGGCAUGUUGAACAUCACAAUCCUCGAAGCUAGCCAUCGCGUUGGAGGUAAAUCCGUCACAGUCGUGGACGACAAGGGGACCCCCCACGAGCUUGGUACGGUGUUUGCAAUCCCGACAUACACCCCCGUGUUCAACCUCGUCGACGAAUACGACCCCCUCAACACCAAAUUUGACUUUGCCUAUGGGCAGCCCAACUACCUGUACGCGAUGGGCGAGUCUGCCGGGGGAAAUGACUCGGAUGCGUCGGCAGCUGUUGAUUUCCCCCAUCAUGUGCUCCAGUCCCUGCAACAGAUCGCCCCCAAUGCCUCCCUUGUCCAGCUCCAAGCGUUGUUUCUUGAUCAAGCCAGUCGGUACUUGACAUUGCACCACCGUAUCUUUGGUUCGUACACGUAUGGCCUGCCCCCUCGCCCGUCCAACUACACUGCCAUUGAUAUGACUGCCAUCGACUUCCUCACCACACACAACCUUACCGCGUUGACGUCGCUGUUUCGGUUUGCCUAUCAACAACAAGGCUACGGAGUGUUGGAAACGAUCCCGGCGUUUUACUUUUUGUGGUGGAUGCAUCCCGACUCAGUGCGAUCGAUCUUGCGCUCCCAAGUCGUGCAGUCGUCGGUGGCGUCGGAGCUUCGAGGGGGGUUCCAGCGGCUGUGGGGGGCCAUCGCCCACGCACACCGCGACGCGGUCAUGACGGUGCUUGGGGCCACCGUCACCCGCGUGACAAGAGGGGGGCUGCUACCCACUGACGAUCCGCCAAGUGUCAGCUACAUCACAAGCCAGAACGAGCUCGUGCACGUCGACUGCGCUCACGUAGUCAUGGCUGUGGACUUGAGUUUGUACGCGGACUUGGUGACCGACUUGACUGUGGACGAACGCGCUAUCAUCACUGGGAGCAGCUACACGUCGUCGACAUUUAUCACGACCUUGUUCGAGUCGGAGCCGUCGCCCGUGGAAACGGCGGCGCAGAUCUGGCACUACCGCAUGAAGCAAGGCGGUGGCGGGCGGUUGAGUGUAUUGCGCAACUCGAAGCUCGCGUUAGAGUACCGCGGCUCGACAGACUGGGGCGACUUGGUGCAAGGUCGCCAAACGCGCGUGGCGUACCAGUAUUACGACCACCCGCUGAGCCACGUCGUUCGAGACCAUGUGACACCGUUGCUGCGACAGGACUUGGCGCUGGCGGGCAUGGCUGAUGUCACCGUGUGGACGCAGCGCUAUUUCAACUACUUUCCAAGAUUUACCUCGGACGGGUUGAAGAUGGGGCUACCGUGGAAAGUCUGGGACAUGCAGGGCCAACACAAGACGACGUGGAUUGGCAGCAGUGUGAGCUUUGAAAGUGUUCUGGACGUCGUGGCGUACAAUAACAAGUUGAUCCAACGCGUCGAGGUGGUGGCUCGUCAUGAGGUGGAAAGGGAUCAGGCGAUGUCUGCAUCGUCGUUGAACGUAUGUACGGCUUUCGUGGCGGCGGCAUGGAACCGCUAUGUCGGAACUGCCAGUUAA